AUGCGUUCUUCAUCUCACGACCCUCACUAUCCACCCCACCUCUCAAUGUCAUUUCCAGCACUCCCAACUCGCACCCGCAGCGCGGGCCCCAAAUGGCUAAGCUCAGUGCUACCUACACCCCCCGACUCGGACAACGGCGAAGAUAUCAGCGAGGCUGCACCCUUACGUAAACGGCCCACCCGCCAUUUCUCAGCCUUUGACUUUGGAAAAAAAGAGCGAUGCUACGAAGAGCUCGAAGAAGAGCCCGAGAUGAGCCAUCCCUGCGUAAAGCUCAAGGACGGCCGGGAGCUUCGCCCGCUGCUUAAACACCGCAAGCGCUCGGCUUCACACCAUAUCCCAGGCUCUCAGAAAUGGAAUACCGCCCCAUCGCCCGAGUCGUCAAGCGCCUCUCUCCCGCAAAAAGACGGCUCCGCAUCCCCCGAAUCCCACGAGCACGCACACGUUCAUUUCUCUGAGACACUCGAGAACGUGUGUGUCUUUGACGAAUCGGCACCCGCCCACGAUUCGGACCCCACGCAUACACCCCUCGAACCCCCACGUUCUCGAUCGCCGCCCAAGUCCCCCGGAUAA